AUGCAAAACCCGCAGAUGCUCGGCCAGCGCCAUGCGCCCAACCCAGUUGAAGCUGCUGUAAGGCGGAGUCGAAAGCCGACGGACAAGAAUCUGCCAGAUAAUGUUGAAGAUAUUGUGAUUGGAGACGUGGCGCAACAAUACAAGCGGCUACGAGAUGUCGAGAAGCGGUUGGACGCGUCUAUGAUCAGGAAGAGGCUUGAUAUCUAUGAUUCCGUCAAUAAAAACGUGAAGAGAUUCCGGACGAUGAGAAUAUGGGUAUCCAACACGGUCGAGAGCCAGCCAUGGCAACAGCAGGACUCCAAUUCCGACGAAGCUAUGGGUACGAAGUUGGGCGCAGGACGGUACAAGGUCAAAAUCGAAGGGCGGUUGCUCGACGACAACGUCGACCCGACCAUUCCUGACGAUAGUGAUGAAGAGGAAGAGACUGAAAACCGGGAGCGCGACCCUGACGCGAUGGAGGAGGAUACAUCAAGCGCAAAGACCAGCAAGCCAAAACCACAACGAAAGAGAUUUUCUCAAUUUUUCAAAACUAUAACUGUCGACUUUGAUAAACCGACUGAAAAUGGUGUCGCGGAUUUGGCCACGAUCACCUGGAAUAAACCAGAUGUACCGGCCAAUGCUGCAGCGCUACCAGCGAGUGCCGAUUUCGACACGCUCGAAUUCUCCCGAGCUGCAGAAGUUAACCUAAACGUGACCAUAAACCUCGUGAGAGACGAAACACCUGAACGAUUCCAAUUGAGCAAGGAGCUGGCUGCUAUCCUUGAUGUUGAUAAAGACACGCGAGCCGGCAUAGUGGCCGGAAUAUGGGAAUACGUCAAAGCUUCAGGAUUACAAGAAAGUGAAGAAAAACGCACAAUCCAAUGUGAUGACCGUUUGAGAGCUAUCUUCGGUUGUGAGAAGAUGUACUUUCCCGCCAUCCCAGAAAGCACCGCAACACACACUGCAACUCUUGAGCCCAUCAAACUACCAUACACCAUCCGUGUAGACCCCGAAUUCCAAAAGGACCCCAAACCCACGAUCUACGACAUCCGCGUUGCAAUUGAUGACCCUCUACGCGCCAAACUUAUCUCCCUAACUGCUUCUCCGGAGUUCCCUGCCAUGCUCCGCCAUGUGUCUAGUCUAGACGACCAGGUAGCUCUCGCAGUACAGGCACUGCACCAUUCGAAGGCAAAACACUCAUUUUAUACUGCAAUGAGUAAGGACCCAGCAAAUUUUAUGCAACGAUGGAUAAACAGUCAGAGACGAGACUUGGAGACUGUGCUUGGAGAAACGCCACGGCCAGGACAGGGUGAUAAGGGUAUGGAGUUUAGACGUGGAGGAGAGGAUAGUGCGUGGGAUACGGCUGUUGCGAGGGAAUCUGUGCGGUAUAUGCUUGCAAAGCCGCCUCGUGCAACAAGAUAG